CAAGCCUUCAUCAAGAUGCCAGAUCCAGUAGUCGAAAUCAAGACACUCCUUCGAGGUCUGCCGUCGCUGAAAGGGCCCUUCCGACCGCUUGACUUGGCCUCCUUCUCUUCUACACCGCAUGAAGCUUUUCGCAUCUGGCUCCAAGAUGCAAUUGACAACAACAUCAAAGAACCACAUGCCAUGAUUCUCUCAACAGUGGACGAACAUGGCUGUCCUGACGCUCGCGUCCUCAUCCUCAAGAACGUCGACCAUCGUGGCUGGCAUUUCGCCAUCAAAGCGAACAGUCCAAAAGGCAAUCAGAUCACCAACAACCCUGCUGUCGCAUUGACUUUCUACUGGCCUCAGCUUGGUCGUCAGAUCCGUAUCAGAGGUACAGCGACAGAACUUGAGGGGUCCGAAUGUGCCGCCGAUUUUCUGGAGAGACCUGCAGGGUCGAAGGCCACAGCUCUUGCUUCAAAGCAGAGCGAGGUCUUGGAAGAUGCAGCUAUGCUCAAGCGCAACUUGGCAGAGGCACAGAUGAGGAUCGAAGCAGAGCCACAGUAUGUCUCUCCUACUUGGAAAGUGUUCGCUGUAGCUCCAAUGACGGUGGAGUUUUGGCAGGGUGCAACUGAUCGCAUGCAUCAGAGAUUGAGAUAUGAACCUGACGAGGAGGAUGGACACUGGUCUCGGAAAGUGCUAUAUCCGUGAGGGGAUCUGGAUAGUCAUGCGCGGUGGUAGGGAAGGUUGAUUACCCCGCGCGGGGUGGACGCGGCACUUGACAAACCCCACCAAGUGCAGCUUCCGAAACCCGAGGGCUGCGAUUGCCCUCUGCGUUCUUGCCUAUAUCAAGGUACUUCAAUCCCAAAACGA